AUGCCUACUGGUUAUCACGCACCUGGUGUGGGUUUAAAAAUGGUAAAAACAGGAAACCAAUACAUAAGAAGUACAUGCUUUAUACAAUCCAGCAAUUAUUGCGCAAGGUGACAUAUUUGGAGAGACUAGAUCUCCCCCUUCCUCUUUUAAUUUUUUUUCUCUUCUCCUCCCUUUCUAUAAUAUAAUAUGGAACACGAGUGGCUACCCCUGUCGGGCUGAAUUUGAUAGUGCCACCUAGUAUAGAGUAUCUACGGAUUGUAGCUUCAGUUCUUUGUGUGUGCAGGGUAUCUAUGUAUGGGGACAUGGAUAGUGGGGGUGGGGAAUGGGUUCACCGAUGACCCUAUGUGCUUUUAUUCUGAACGUAACCUGCUGUGCUCUUGUUUCUGUCAUUUGUUCUCGUUUUCUUUAGGUGCGAGUCUGCAACAAACAGAAAGUAUUUCAGUACAAAUCCUUGGCACUGAAUAGCAGCAAGUGCCAGGAUCUGGCCAACUUUUACCUGGGGUUCAAUGGCUGGUCCAAGAGAAUAAUUGCAGUAAGUCCUUGUUAUUUGUGAGACGAUCUCCCUGCAGACAUGAUUCAGGGCAGUAUGAAAGCCGUAGAUCAAGUCUAGAUUGAGUACUGUUGUUAUCUAUUACUAUUUAUUAAUGUAACACUCUGGACACUAUAACAACUUCAGAGUAAAGUUGUUAUGGUGCCAGGAGUUCACUGGCACCGGCUUACCUUUAGAAGUUAAACCGUUUGUGAAAGUCUUCUCUCUAAUGCUGCUCUCAGAUUCUUCAAACAGGAAGCCUCGGACUGUCGCUUUCUUAUGGGAAAGCACCGGAUUGGCUGAAAUCAUCAAAUCUGAUGAUGUCAGCAAAGGAGGCAGAUCAAGGACAGGGCCAGACACGAGGAGCCCCACACUGCACUGGAAAAAGAUGAAUAAAUCACCUUUCUAACCCUGAGGUUAGCAGGGCCAACCACCUAAACAGUUAUUUUAGACCUAUAGUGUCAGGAAUACACAUUUGUGUUCCUGACACUAUGGUGCCCCUUUAAGUUAUGUCGCCUAGAGGUUCCCUUUUAAUGCUGCUGUUUUGCAUUAAUACUAUGAAGACGUAACAUUUUUGGAAUAGAUACAAUAAUGUUGUUGUAGUCUUGAAGAUAAAUUGUGUUUAUUGCAUGUCUUAUACGUCAGCUUUAUCUAAUAAGGAUACAGGGAUUCAUUGAUACUGCAACUGAAGCGGCAGAUUUUCCCAGGAGGAAGCUGUAUAAGUUAAACGCAGAAUAGUGUAAACUCAAAAUAUGUCGCUUCUUGGAAGAAUACACUUGAAAAACUUCAAUCAUAAAAUUUGAAUGAUUAUUUAAACAUUUCGAUUAUGGACAGGUCUCUUUUACUCUAUUAUCCUGCUUGAAAUUUAGUUAUUUUCCCACCUCUUUCGCACUUUUUUUUGUUUAUUCGUAUAAGGAAGACAUUGUUUUGGGAAAGGAAGGACUUCAAGAAUUCCCUUCAAGAAUUCUCCUGCACAUGAAAACACCCUAAAGAUUUUGGAGUGUUAGUUUUUUUACAUAGUCCACCGUAGUCUAAAUCAUGAAUGCAAAUGGGUGUAUUGUAUUGGUAUUUUUUCAUUUGUUAAAACAUUAAAGGGACACUAUAAUCACCAGAACAACUUUAGCUUAAUGAAGCAGCUUUGGUGUAAAGAUCAUGUCUCUGCGGUCUUCCUCCUCAAUUCUCUAUCAUUUAGGGGUUAAAUCACAUUGUAUGUGCAGCCCUAGUCACACCUCCCUUCAUGUGACUUACACAGCCUUCCUAAAUACUUCCUGUAAAGAAUCAUCUAAUGUUUAUCCUUCCUUUAUUGCACAGUCUGUUUAAUUUAGAAUUUUAUUUAUAUCCUGCUCUGUUUAUAGCUUGCUAGCUAGACCUUGCAGGAGCCUUCUGUAUGUGAUUACACUUCAAUUGACAGAGCAGGAGCUAAAACCUUGUAAAGCAAGUUAACAUCUGAUUGAAAAUGAAACAAUUGUUUUUUUUAUGCAGGGUGUGUCAGUCACAACUAGGGGAGGUGUGGUUAGGGCUGUAUAAACAGAAAGUAAAGUGAUUUAACUCCUAAAUCGCAGAGGAUUGAACAGUGAGGCUGCAGGGGCAUGCUCCAUAUACCAAACUACUUCAUUAAGCUGAAGUUGUUUUGGUGACUACAGUGUCCAUUUAAUGACAGAUCAAUGCAAUACUUAGACAAAAACCUUGUUCCACAUCUGUACACUCUACCUUCAGCUCCAGAAUAUCUCUGGCCUCCACGAACUAGAGGAUGAGUGUGAUACACAGGAGCAGAGGAAGGUGAGAUACAUGUGUGUUUUGGAAGUGAUGCUGCCUGGCUAUGAUGUCUGCAGCAGAGGAGUGGGGGUUGCUGAAGAAGACGUGGAGAAAUCAAACGGUAUGUUUAAUUGGUAAAGUAGGCUUUGCCUUUCCUUCAUGCAGGUGACCUGCUGGCACUUAGAUAGGCUUGGCUCAGUCAGAAGCAUUGUGUUCUAUAAAAAUUGCCAUUACUUUAAAUAAAAGAGAGAAAAUAUUUUAAUCGCAUUUCUUAUUCUUCGUUCAAAGGGAAAUACUGUUGCCAUCAAAUUUUUACUAAAUGGAGACCUAAUAAAAGCAUUUUCAAUUUUAGGCCGCUGUAGCUAAAUUCUGAAACGCAUAAACUUUUCCAUAUCAUUUAUUAUGACCUAAAACUUCCAGUUCCCUGUUCAAUUCUCAAUUUAUUUAAUAGCCCUGCAUGUGAUUGACCCAUUCUCCUCUUUCCAUUUACAAGUCAUUAACUAGUCUUUCAAAAUAGAAGGUCCGGUCACUCAAAGCUUCUUAUGAGAGGCAGGAUUUAAUAUGAACAACAAGCAGUAAAUGACAAGGUUUCAGCCAACAAUAGAUGUGGACAAGUCUUAAUUUAUUGGCCAAAACUUUGCAAUUUUCAGCUUGCGGUCCCUAUAAAGGUUUGCACUUUAUGAGAACAUUUGCGUGCUCCAACCUACUAUUUCGACUAUACAGUGGCACUUGUGGACUCUCCAAACCAGUGAUCGGGGGGUGCCUAUUCUUUUUUGGUGCACUGUGGGAACAAUGAGAGUAGUUCCCCUCUUCAUUAUAUGGCAUUAAGUAGCUUUUCAUUAAAUCCUGAAAUCCUAUCUUAAAAUAUUAUGUCCUCAAAUUGCAAUUAAAUUCAUGUAAUACAUCCAUGCCAUUAGUAGCUAGUCGUGUGAUAUUAACUCUCCCUGCCAAGCCAAUCUCAUUCUAGUUACCAUGGAAAUCAUUGCUUAACACAUCUUCCAAUUAGCACUUGUUCCAUAUAAUAUGCUUUGAUUAACCUAGCAAUGAAAAUGUUUUACAUUUUUCAGAUCCAAUGGAAUUUCUCAUGAAAAGUGGUAAACUGCAGAAAUACGCUGUUCAAAAAGCACUGUCUGAUGCUUUUCAUAAAAUACUCUUAGUGAUUUUUGGUAAGAUUUAUACGUUUAGCUGAAAGAAUGCAAUAUCUGUUAUUUUUGCAGCAGGUCAGAUCUAUUAUUUGAAAAAUACGUGGAAAAUAAAAUAUUCCUUUUUAAUUUUUAUGUUCCUAUUAGUCUGAUACGUGACCACAUUUCCCAUUCAAUCUUUACUGUUAUCUUGGUUUUGGGAAAGGUAGAGGUUUAACAUCUAAAUAAUAAAUCAUGCAUAUAUUGUAAUGCAGCCUAGAUUGUACAUCUGUUGUGCUUUGGUGAAGGAUAAAUAUUAUUUUUACGAAGUGAGAUGGAACUGCAUUUUUGUGAUCUCACUCUGGAUUUUUCUUCUAAUGGGAGAAACUGCUAUUUGGAAUUGACAUACCUAAAUAUUUUGCUAAAAAGGUCAAUUGAAAUGUACAGAUCGAAAAAAGAUAGAGAUACGGGACACGGGUAAGUGGGGAUGCGGGCACAGACUGGAAAGCACACCUACAGUCAAAGUGCUUUCGACUUGAGAAUUCCCAUGUCUGUUACAACUGUAUUCUCCAUCCAUACUUUUUUGUGUGUAGGACCAACUUUACAGUUUGAUAAGUGACUGUACCCUAUUAGAGGAAUGAAGCCAUAGAAUUGAACGUUUCCCAUUCCUCUAAUAACUACUAAUUCACUCUUUGACCUUCUUCCUUGGAAGCCCAUAGGGUAUGUCACUCCCAUCUAGCCAGGGUUAGAGGGACACCAUAGGCACCUCAACCACUACUGCUUGAUGAAGUGGUUCUGAGGCACAGAGCCUGUCCCUGCAGGCUGAGCAGUGUAAACACUGCCUUUUCCGAGAAAAAGCAGUGUUUACUUUCCUGCGUAACGCCACCUCUAGUGGCAGUAACUCAGACAGCAACUGGAGGGACGUCCUGGGUUUGGCUCUGCAUUGAGACACUGAGCACUCCCUAUAGCGAUGCAUUUCGAUGAGGAGAUGCUGAUUGCACUGCACUGUAACUUUCCAUGCAUGCACACUAGCCUCCCAGUGCUUUCCUACGGAGUGACGCGCCAGGGGAAAUAAAGUAGGUUUAAUAUCAUUGUGGAGAAGUGGAUAUCUAAAUAGUUAUUGCAACACUAUAGCGUUAGGAAUACAUUUGUAUUCCUAACGCCAUAGUGUUCCUUUUAAACAUCUGCAUUAAAAGUCGACGCAGAGUUAUUACCAUUACCUGGGCGUCCAGAUAUCAGUUUUACCUGUUCUGUGUCCUUUCUUGGUGACAUCAGUUAUUUUUAAACAAGUAGAUUAUAAAUGUGAACCUUGAUGUUGCAGAGCACUGGGCUGAUUGUCUGUAAGUCAGUUUAAAGAGUGGGAUGCAAAUUAUUUUUUUUCUCAGAGAGUGGAAAAGUGGCGGUGGAGCACGUGGCUUCCAGCAAUGAUCCUGUAGACUGUUUAACAGAAGAUGAGCUCCAGGGACUGAUCCAGGUAAUUUAAAUGAUGUUACGCCUUGUGCAUCAAUUUCUCAUACUCCGUAUGAGGGUCUGACUUAUCUAAACCUUAUUGCUUUAAAUGGUUUUUCCACACACUGUGACCAGUUCUGCUUUUUGAAAUGUCUUUAAACCCCUUUAAGGACCUAGUACGUCCGCGGCAAAUAUAUUAGUUACCCGAUCGCUGCCGUUUCCCCGCCGGCGAUCAGUGUUGCUCCUGCCUGACAGUCCCCCCUCUGCAAAUUAGGUCCCCGUAGGCCAUGUGAUCGCUCUGAAAGAGUGGUCACAUGGCCGCAAUAGGUGUCUUUGCAUCUGCCUGCAGGGGGACUGCCCGGGCUGUCAGGCAGUCUCCCUGCUGCUGAAAAGUAAUGUUUUAAUUUUUUUAAAUAAAAAAAUAAAUAAAAAAUAUGUGUGUGUGUAUAUGUAUGUGUAUAUAUAUUAUUUUAAUAUAAAAAUACUUAUUAUUUAUAUGUGUGUAAUUAAAUUAUAAGUAAAUAAAAUGUAAAUUAUAAAAAAAUUAUAUUAUGUAAUUUUAUUCUAACUGUAUUUUGAUAUAUAUAUAUCUAUAUCAAAAGACACUUAGAAUUAAAAUAUAUAUAUAUAUAUAUAUAUAUAUAUAUAUAUAUAUAAAUGAAUACAAAUAAUUUGAUAUAUAUACAUAAUUACAUAAAUAAUUUCAUAAAUAUACACGUAGACUGUGCAUAUUUAUGUAAUAUUUUUACAUAAUUAAGUAACUUUAUUGAUUGCAAUUUACCUGCCUGACCAGGGCCGGACUGGGAAAAAAAUUAGGCCCGGGCAUUUUUCAAUUAGAGCAGCCCCCCAAGGAGGGGGCAGGGCCAGAGAGGGUGUGUUUUGUCAUCACUAAUGACAAGUACGCCCCUUCUGAAAGUGAGCAUGUUGGUUCAAUGCACAGAGUCCCGCUGAAGAGCUCUAGCAUUAGAAAAAGGCCCUGUAUUUGUUCUGCGCAGCGCAAGCAAAUGUAAUAACAUGCUUGCGCUGUGUUUGCUUUUAAAUUGUCUCUGGUGUCUCCACAAGUGGGAUACCAGAGGACAAAAGGGCCAGGAAAGUGUAUGGUGCAUGUGUUUGGCGCAUGCUUGUGAGAUUGCCUGUGUGUAGAGUGUGGUGUGGUAUUGUGUAAAUAGGUGUAAUAUGUGUGGUGUAAUAUGUGUGGCUAGGGGCUGUAGAGAGUGCUUGUAUAGGGGCAUAGUGUUAUAGGGGAUGCAGCGAGUGUGUGCAUACGGGCAGUAGUGUGUGUGUAUAGGUGACGUAGUGUGUGUAGGGGUUGUAGAGAGGGUGUGUUUAGAGAAUGUUGUAUGUAUUUGCUUACAAGGAAUGUAGUGUGUGUGUAGGUGGUGCAGUGUGUGUGUAAGAGAUCUAGUGUGUAAAGGACCCAGAGUGUGUAUAGAAGUGUGUGUGUGUGUGUGUAGAGGAUUAAGAGUGCAUAUAGGGUAAGGGAUCUAGCGUGUAUCUGGAGCGUAAUGUGUGUAGUGGUGCACUGUGAGGGGCGCUGUAGUGUGUGUGUGUAUGUAUAUAUAUAUAUAUAUAUAUAUAUAUAUAAUAUAUAUAUAUAUAUUUGGACGUAUUGUAUGUGUGAGGUGCGCAGUGUGUUUGUGUAAGACGAGUGCUGUGUGUAAGGGUGUUUUUAUCUGCCGUCACAUUCUGGGUUUCUAAUUUUAUUUGUCUGUUAAGGGUUAUUUUAUAUAAUAUAUAUGUGCUGUAUAUGUGUGGGAGUGAGGGUGCUGUCUGUCUGAGGGUGGUGUGUGCGUCUGGGUGUGCUGUGUGUGUCUGUGGGUGCGCUGUGUGUGUCUGUGGGGUGCUGUGUGUGUCUGUGGGGUGCUGUGUGUGUGUCUGGGUGCUGUGUGUGUGUGUCUGGGUGCUGUGUGUGUCUGGGGGUGCUGUGUGUGUCUGAGGGUGCUGUUUGUGUCUCGGUGCUGUGUAAUUGGGUGCUGUGUGUGUGUGGGUGGGGUGCUGUGUGUGUGGUGCGUGUCUAGCUGUGUGUGUGUCUGGGGGUGCUGUUUGUGUCUGGGUGCUGUGUGUGUCUGCGCUGUGUGCGUCUUGGGGUGCUGUGGGUGUCUGGGUGCUGUUUGUGUGUCUGGGGAGUGCUGUGUGUGUCUGUGGGGGUGCUGUGUGUGUGUAUGUGCUGUGUGUGUCUGGGGUGUAUGUGUGGGGGGUGCUGUGUGUGUCUGGGGCUGUGUGUGUGUGCGGGUGCUGUGUGUGGGGGUGCUGUGUGUGUCUGGGGCUGUGUGUGUGUGGGGUGCUGUGGUGUGUCUGGGGCUGUGUGUGUCUGGGGUGCUGUGUGUGUGUCUGGGUGCUGUGGUGUGUGUUCAGUGCUGUGUGUGGGGUGCUGUGCGUGUCUGGGGCUGUGUGUGGGGUGCUGUGUGUGUCUGGGGGCUACAGUUAGAAAUUAUUUUAAAUAUAUUUUUUAUUAAUAAUUUAAAAAGUUCUUACCUUUAGCCUGGGAGGAGGGGUAGCCUUGUUGCCAUGAGGGGGGGGGGGGCAUGCUGUCAUGGAGGGUGCUGCCUUCCCUGGUGGUCCAGUGGUGAGAGUGAACUUUAGCCUGCAGGUUAGAGUUCAUUCUCGCGAGAUCUGAGCGUUGCCGUGGUAACCGCGGCAACGCUCAGAAUCCCGCGAGAGGACCCGGCAGAGCUGCUGGUUAGAGCUCUGCCGGGUCCUCUCUCCUGCCUCCUCCCCACAGGCCCAUGGAGGCACUAUGCAGGGCCGGUGCUCAGAUAGCGCUGGCCCUGCAGGGGCUGGCCAGGGAGAUCCCCUGCCGGCCUCGGCCCCACGGCCAUCGCGGCCCACCGGGCAUUUGCCCGAUAUGCCCGAUGGCCAGUCCGGGCCUUUAUGUCAGUAUGUAUGUCUGUAUGCAUGCCGGUAUCAAUGUAUGUCAGUAUGAAUGUAUGUCUGUAUGUCAUUAUGAAUGUAUGUCUGUGUGUAUGGAUGUCAGUGUCUGUAUGCAUGUAUGUAUGCGUGUAUGUAUGUCGGUGUCUGUAUGUAUGUCAGUAUGUAUGUAUGUGUCUGUAUGUCCUUAUGCAUGUGUGUCUGUAUGUAUGUUAGUAUGUGUCUGUCUGUCUGUCACUAUGUAUGCCUGUGUGUCUGUAUAUGUGUGUAUGUCUCAGUAUGUGUGUGUCAGUAUGUAUGCCUAUAUAUGCUUGUAUGUCUGUUUCAGUACGUGUGUCUGUUAGUAUGUAUCUGUGUGUGUGUGUGUGUUUAUCUGUGUCCUUUUGUAUCAGUGUGUGUGUUUGUGUCUGUGUGUGUAUUCCUGUGGGUGGGAUUUGGAGGCGGACCUUGUGGGCUGGCUUGGAGGCGGCCCUGGGGGGCCCAGACCCUGAGCUGAGUCAGGGGCCCCUAAAAUUUCUGGUGGCGGCCCUGAGGCUGACCGAUCAAUCUAGCAGACAUUCAUAUCCACUGAAAGGCCAGGAUAUAGUCUAGUUACAUUACGUCAGAAAUAGUCACCAGUGGUUCUCCUGUGUACAGACCAGGCAAUGUCACACAAUCAUUAUAUAAUGUACUUGUCUUGAUAUAGCAUGUACACUUAAUUGAGAAAUAGUGGAUGUACAAAUACGUCUUGACCUGUCUAUCACUAGGUUUUAAAGCUACAAGCAUUUUGAUGUUUCAAAUUAAUAACCAUUAAAAUAAGCCAUAAACCACAUUCAAUCAAUACGAGAACUAAAAUACAUACUGAAUACAUUGCAUUUUAGUUUCAUAUAUCUGUAUUUUGAUCAAUGACUGAUACCCAUAACUCAGCACUUGUUUGGGUGAUAACCAUGUAAUAUUCAGAUAAGGUGUGUGAUCUCUGACAGGACAUGUCUUCUAAAAAUUCAGUUUUCCCCAUAGCCCAGCAUACAGAAUCUCUAGUGAGUGACUGAUGAAGUAUCAGUCAUCGACUGGCAGGAAAUUGUGUUUUUGUGAACGAGAAUGUGGUUUAGCUAACUUCCAGCAUUUCCUCACCUUGUACAAUUACACAUAUUCACCUCUGAUUAUGGUUUGUAAAAGCUAUAAUUCUUUUGGGAACUCGUCAUCACAAUAGUUAAUCCUAAAAUUGCUUGCGGAGUCAUGAUGAAACUUGAAUCUCUGUUUGCAAAACAUGAAAUUCCGAAUUGCAAUAAUUAUCUCACUUUCUCGUAGGGCUGUCAAAUAAAGCGUCUUGUCAUGUUUUAUCAGAUUAAUGUUUUGUCAUGGCCUUGUAAAGAGAUAAUUGCAGCAUGGAUCGAAGAAUAAACUGCCACACACAGUGAGAUAUUGAGCAUAUCUUUUACAUUUGUACUUAACAGUUUCAGUACCGGGGAGAUGGAUAAUGCAGUGUUAUAUUAGUUACCUUGAACCGAAAGAGUCAAGAUAUCUAUGAUGCAAAUUUAUUUAUUUAUUUUAUUUAUUUAUAAAAUAUUUUACCAGGAAAGAUACAUUGAGAUUUCUCUCGAUUUCAAGUAUGUCCUGGGUCCACAAAACAUUGCAUUGUUACAAUUAGGGUACAUUAAAGUACAAAAACAAUAUUAAUACACAAUAAAUACAAAAUUUAACAGAACAGGCAGGAAAUAUAUAAUCAACCAUGACACGUGCAUUCUGCUUUGAGGUAUGUAGAGAGGGAUCUCUUAAAGGAUUUUAGGCUUGGGGAAGAUUUGAAAGUGUGCGGGAGGUCGUUCCAUAAUUGCAGCGCUAUGUAGGAAAAGGAGGAUCGGGUCGCUUUUUUUUUUGUAUUGAGGUAGACUAAAUAAAGUGCCGGUACUGGAUCGGAGGUUAUUGGAGGUGUGAACAGCCGGGGAGAGCAUUCUGCUCAGGUAGGGUGGGAGCUUCUCUGAAAAGCUCUUAAACACAAGGCUGGAAAGAUGAAGGAAUGGUAUAAUAUAAUAGAGAACAGAUCUCAACUUCAAAAUAUUUAUUGACUUAUCUGGUGAAAUGAAGUAUAGUAUUGAAAUAUAAGUAUAGAAUAAAAAAAAUAAAUAAAUAAAUAAAUAUAUAUAUAUAUAUAUAUAUAUAUAUAUUGUUAUAGAUAUAGAAUAAAAAUAAAAAUAGUAAAAUGCAUAUGCGCAUUACUAAAAGCAUCACCAGAAAAUAAAAACGAUGUCUGCAUGCGAAUAUAAUUUCCAAAUACAGUAAGUAGAGUUACCCGGCUAAAUCCAAUCUUCUGUACUAUGGAAGUCCAGAAGCACUGUAGUUUUCAAUCAUGUAGGUACAGAGCAUGAGAGUUGAAGGGGUGGCAUUUGACAGACUGAUCCCUACCAGAUAAAAAAAUAAAAGUCUUUCUGUGUUUGUUGAAGUAUGUAGUAUACAAACAUCGGUUUAAUGAAGGAAUGCUCAAAAAGAAUUCGGAGUAGUUACCGCUUUAUUGAUAUAUAUAUAUAUAUAUAUAUAUAUGGUAGACACUAGUAACUUCACCAAAGGGGAAGCCAAAUACCUCAGGAAAGUUGAAUUGGGCUUUAUUUAAAAGUUCUCAUUUUGUUUUAUGUAAUGCAAAAUAACAGCAUGCCUAAGCAGUGGUAGAUUUCAGAAUUGUACAAGCUUUCUGCAUAUGUCCAAAGUAGGAACUGAAUGUUUUCCUCAACUUACGUUUCUUUAGAAGCUGUUUGUUUUUGGAUUUCCAUUGGGGAACUUUCCAUAUUUUCUGUUAACAUGUCUUGGAUCAUUUGCUUGUUCACGUGUGCAACAGGUUUUACAUUCAUUUAACAAUACGGAAUAUGGUGUAUUAUUAAGUCAUACUUUACAUUUUCUCUUAAUUAUGCUGCUUCAACAACAUUCUCCAAACUCAUUGAAAGAAUAAUAUAACAAUCGGCCUGAUUCAUGGUUGCAUAAAAUACAGGUAAUUUUUUAGUCAUUAUUUCAGAAUGUAUUUGCCAAAUAUGUUUUCAGGGAUAUACUUAAAAAAAAGAGAAAUCUAAUUGUAACCUUCCCAGUAAAAUAUAUUUUAUCAACAACAAGACACAUAUACAGGUAUAUUUACUAAAGUGAGAAUUUAAAGUGAAUUCAAUGUGAAUUUCAAAUUUAAGGUCAGAGUCGUCAAACUGAAAGGAUAGCUGACUUUAAUUAUUUUUAAUGGGUUUUUUUCCAGCUAUUUUAGCUUUAAAUUUGAAAUUCAUUUUUAAUUCACUUAGAAUUUUCACUUUAGUGAACUAGCCUGACAGUCUGCAAAGAUCUUCGUGCAAAAUGUAAUUAAAAAAAAAUAAUAUUUUUUUGUACAACACUAUCUAAAAUGUUUGUGUAUUAUAAAUCAUAAUAAUAAUAAUGAUAACGCACCCCAACUCAAGAGUGUAUUCACGAAACAUAGAAUUGCAGAGAAUUAAAAACUAAAUUGCAAAAAAAAAUGACCUUGAAUUUUGCAUUUAGCGACUCAAUUCACCUCAAUUUACUGUUUAGAGGAUAAACCCUCACAGUUUAGUGAAAAGAUCCCCAAGUCUUGUGUUACAGAAAACACAGUAUAUUCUUUUUUAUUCAUGCAUAGACUGGGAUAUACAUUUGCCUUUACACUAAAAUGAAUCUUCUCGAGGAUUUGAAAGCUAGUCUCUUUCAUCAGAAUUGAACCCAUUGAAGAUUUUGUUCUUUAAAUGCAUAUGUUCCACCAUACUCACGUCAUGCCUAUUGAACAUGCCUCUGCCUUUUGUACACAUGCUUGUCUAUUCAAGAAAAUUUGCACAUGCUUUCAUUACCAGUCAAGGAGAGGUGAUUGCCAAGUGUGGUUUUACAUCGAACAUGACUGGGCUCAUGCACAGAGGAAUCUAUGAAAAGUAAUUGUUUAAACAAGAAGUAGCCAGUCCCCAGAAUGUUAGAUAAAACCAAAGUGUUGAAUGAUAGCUGUACUCAUAAUCUUUGUAAAUCGACAACUAGCAGACAUUUCUGACAAACGGUCAUGAGCUAAGCUUUAAAUACCUGCAGGUGUUGUCAAGCAAAUAUUGCUGUAUAAUCAAGUAAGAAUAGCUUGCAGACAUGUAAAAGACACUCACAUGAUAUGUUGAGAUGAAGCUGAAACAUUUAUAUAAAGCUUCACUGAUUGAAAGAAAAAUUUAAUGCACUAGUUUAGCAUUUUUAUUUUGUUUAUUGUGUGGAAUAUUUACACUUCAAGUCGUGCAUUUUUCUUAAUUCUUCUAGUAUCAUUUUAAAUAAAGACUAUACAAAGACAUUUGGAAUAAGCUAACAAAUAGGAUUUAAAUAAACAGAAUGUGUUUUUUUUCAAAGGGCCACCAUGUUCUUUAGAGAGGAACUGCCACAUCUCUGGAAUUUCUAUCUUUGCAUAAAACAUUGGAAAUCACUUAGAAUGUGUGUUAACCAUCCAGUUCAGACAAGGCAAAGCCAGGGCAAAUAUUACAAAUGAAGAGGAGAAAUAGAAACAUUGUUUCAUUUUGUAUCUUCACUGAAUGCUUUUUCUAUGCUGACUGACAGGUGCAAGGGACAGAGCUUCUUAUAAUGAUUGACAGAAGGCUAAGGUGGAGUUGCAGAAUAAAAAGGUGUAGAUUUCAACAUUUUGUUUUAGUUUUCACACAUUACAUAAUUUCAAAAAUCGAGGGAAGUAAUAGUUUUCCUUUAGUUACAAAUGGAAACAUUUGCCCGAUAAUUAAAAAAUAUAUAUAUUUUCACACACAUAAAAACAUUUUAUAGUGUGAGAAAUAUGCAACAACAAAAAAAUGCACACGCACAGAAAUAUAACACAUGGGAAAUGAUGGCUGUAAUGAUAUAUACAUUUAUUUCCACAUUAUAUUAAUGCUAAUUUAUAAAAUGUUAAAUCCUUUUUUAAUUUAAGUGUAACCUCUUGGAACCUGCAGGUACUCUGACAUUGUGUAGCAAGUUUAUUUAUUUUGUUAAGAAAAAAUAAGAAUUUGUGUUGAUUUUCACCCAGUGCUUAGAAAAUGCUACACUGAAUGCUUUGUAUUUCAGAUGAGAAAUGUAGUACAUUUGUCAAAUCAAAAACACAAGAACAAAUACACCAGUCAUUGUAUUUAAAAAUGCGAAUCUAUUCAUUUUAUUAAUAUAAUGCUUAAAUCAAAAUCCCAACUAAAUAUAAGUAUACAUUCACCACAACAUCAUAAAAGAAAAUGACUUUAUAGUCAUUUUACAUUUAUUAUGCUUUAUAUAGCUUUAAAGUAUCUUAACUGACAGGGAAGAACAUAUAUUUCGAAACAUUAUAUAGAUAAUGCAUUAAAAUAAAGAACAUAAAAAGCAAAUAAAAAAUGACUCCAUGAUAAUGAAUUUUUAUUAUUAAUGCCAGUUAUUGUUAAUUGCACUGAUAACAAGCAAUAGGUAAUAAUCAGUACGAAAAGGUAGGCCAAAUCGUGAUGUGCAAUGUUACCGUAUCAAUGUACAGUAAGCAUUAUAUGACAUUCCAAACAUUUUGAAUAUAACAUUCUCAAUUACAAAGGGAAAUAAUUGUAACCCUUAAACAAUUAACAAUUAACUCCUUUCCGAUCCAAGCAAACCCCCGCCCAAUACCCCUGCCCCCUUCCUCUCGAGGAAGAGGUGAAAAUGCAUUGUGGAUAUUAAAGGAACAAUAUAGUCACCUAAAUUACUUUAGCUAAAUAAAGCAGUUUUAGUGUAUAGAUUAUUCCCCUGCAAUUUCACUGCUCAAUUCACUGUCAUUUAGGAGUUAAAUCACUUUGUUUCUGUUUAUGCAGCCCUAGCCACACCUCCCCUGGCUAUGAUUGACAGAGCCUGCAUGGAAAAAAACUGGUUUCACUUUCAAACAGAUGUAAUUUACCUUAAAUUAUUGUAUCUCAAUCUCUAAAUUGAACUUUAAUCACAUACAGGAGGCUCUUGCAGGGUCUAGCAAGCUAUUAACAUAGCAGGGGAUAAGAAAAUCUUAAUUAAACAGAACUUGCAAUAAAGAAAGCCUAAAUAGGGCUCUCUUUACAGGAAGUGUUUAUGGAAGGCUGUGCAAGUCACAUGCAGGGAGGUGUGACUAGGGUUCAUAAACAAAGGGAUUUAACUCCUAAAUGGCAGAUGAUUGAGCAGUGAGGCUGCAGAGGCAUGAUCUAUACACCAAAACUGCUUCAUUAAGCUGAAGUUGUUCAGGUGACUAUAGUGUCCUUUUAAAGUUUGGAGGAGCUAUGUUAUAGGUAUGUCUCUGUCUUGGGGAAUGGGACAUUCACUCAGGCACCAAACCAUAAGCAAGAUCUGGUCACGUAAAAGUUGAAAAAUAAUGAAGCCUAAAAGCAAAAUAAAAUAUGAACUGUAGUAAUUUGACAGUACCACAGGAUUCCCCCCGUCCACCCUACACCCAUAAAGGUAGUGUGUGUGUAUGAAUAAUUGAUGUCUCAAGAAGUAUUUUGUAAAAGGUCACAACCCACUACCACCUCAGCUGAGAACCAUGCCGUGUACACCAGGGUUGUCCUAAUCCUAGACCAGGGGUAGGCAACCUUUUUUUAGUACUGUGCCAAAACAAGAUCUUGAGGUCCUUUGGGGUGCUAGUCCUAUUUUUAUUAAAUUGAGAUGUGUAUGUUGCUGUAUUCUUUUUGUGUUAUUUGUGGGUGCUGUAGUUCCUAAGUAGCAUUGUAUUUGAGGAUUUGUAGGCUGUUAUAUUGUACAAGAGUAGUUUGUAGUAUUGUGUAUGAUACAUAUCAAUGUGGACUGCGUAUUUGGGCUGCUUCUAGAAAUGUGUGUGUGGAUGAUAUGUCACAUUGUGUGUUUGGUGAUGUGUAUGUGUGGAGCUGCUAGUGGUAUUGCAUGUGAGAGACUGCUUGUGGGGUUGUGUGCAUGCAUCUGGAUUAUCAGUAGUGUUGUGUUUGUGGGGACUGUGUGUGUGUUUGUGUGUGGGCUUUUUGUAUUAUUUGUAUGAGGGGGGGUUUAUUCUGCAGCUCUGUGUAUAUCUAGCAGUGAGACCUAUACCUGGCCAUCCCUGGGGUCCAGUGAGGACUGGGAUGGCCAGGUACAGGGUAAGGAAGGAAGCUGCGAUUGCUGCUGGCUGCUCACCUUCAGUUUGGUUUCCUGUUCACAAGUGCUGGGAGUAAGUUAUCUGAGAUGCAUAAAUUGAGGAUUGUCCCUCACCACAUGUUUGCACUAGCAGAUAUCUCUUAAUAGGCCUGAGCCUGUGUGGCUUUAGCAGCAUUGAGUGCCGUGCUAAGGCACCUUGAGUGCCAUAGAUUGCCUACCCCUGUCCUAGACCGAAAGGAAUUAUCCAGGGUAAAGAUGUACGACUUUCAUGUGUGUAGGAAUUUGGGGCUCUCUGUAACAGCUAACCAGGUUUGAAAGACAGAGGGGGCAUGCUUAGUGUUUAGGUACUGCUUUAGUUUCUACCAAAAGGACUUAAUCAGGGCACACUCCCACAGACAGUGAUAUAGGUCCCACAUUUGUAUAUGUGCAUCAUAAACAAGUCCCUGAAUCCCUAAAGCCAUAAGAUGGAGGUGGUGAGGACUGUAAUAAGCCUAGUUGAGUUUUUAAGAACAUGUCUCUGUAGGGCAGCUAGAACUUUAUAUAAAGACUGGUUCACAGUUUCUGAAGAUAAUACAAAGCAAUUAAUAUCUAAUUGUUUUCAUUAUUUUCAAUAUUAUUAUUACCAUGAUAUUUUUUUUUUUGGCUUAACUAAAAGUUUCCCCAUCUGUGCACUACUACUCAUGUGAACAUGUAGAUUUGGUGAAUACUUUGUUGAUUAAUGCAACAUUUUUCAAGAUGAUAGGUCCACUUAAAAUGAUUCCAUGUUUCGCUAACUCUGACUGCAUACAUGCUGUUAAAAGCAAUGUGCAAACAUACUUUGAAAUAGCUGUUGAACUAAAACACAGGUAUAAUAUUUCCUCAGACUGUGCUAAGCAUUUGAAAUUUCAGAUUGUUUAAAUUGCCAUCCAUUACAGCAAUUCCUCUGAGAUUUACAAACUUUUUAUUUUUCUCAAGUGCUCUCCAAAGCCAGAAAAAAAAAAGUUUGUAUAUCCGUCAAUUAAAAAAAAAGUUACAUGGGCUCAACCUGCUGGUAAUGGCGGUUGUAGUGAGAUCCAGCUGAGGCUGCCACAGGUUCAAGUUUAAAAUGAAUAGAUUUUCUUUAGUCUGUUCAGCUCCCCAGCCCGUGUUACUGCAAUUGUGCAAUAUGCACAGCCAGUGUACUUAUUGUUCUAAAUAUAUCAAAUGAGUUCUUGUUCUUUUUUGGUAUUUUGGCUUGCUUUCUGUUUACAUAUUUUCUGCCUGGCUUGUUUUGCUUUAAGUAGACACCAUGCAUUUUCAAACCAUAUCAUUUUUAGACCCCCACAGGUCUGAUAUGGGGUGGGUGAGGUCAAGGCCUGCAAAUGGACGUGUCCAUGACACAAUCAGCAUCACAAACCAAAUGUCAUCCCAUUGUGCACGCGCGCCAAGCAAUCAAUCAGGACUGCCCUUACAGUGAACACUGCUUUAGCGCUUGUGUAUGGACUUAAAAUACCCUGAAAUUAACUCUAAGUGCUCAGUGAAUGCAGUUAAAGGGACACUGCAGGCACCCAGACCACUUCUGCCCAUUGGAGUGGUCUGGGUGCCAACUCCCACUACUUUUAAGUUUACUUUUUAACCCCUUAAAUCCGGAGGGCGUACUAUUACGCCCUGCAGGAGCCGGCUCUAAACGCCGGCGGGCGUAAUAGUACGCCCUCACUUUAAUGGCCGCCCACGUGGCCGGCGCUAUUCGCCCGCUGCAGAUCGCGGUCGGGGGGGAUGCCCGGCCCCCCAGGCAACCCCCCCUGUGGCCGGUGACCGCGAUCUGCAGUCACUGAUCGCAGUGACAGGCUGUCACUGCGAUCAGUUUUUUAACGUGUGUCAGCCGAUUUCAAAUCGGCUGACACACGUGGCCAGCGGCUACUGUGCAGAUCGCGGUCGGGGGACUUACCUGGCCCCCCAGGCAGUCCCCCUGGGGUCAGUGACCGCGAUCUGCUACUCUGAGAUCGCAGUGACAGGCUGUCACUGCGAUCUCAGAGCGCUCUGA